CAACCAUUUCCCGUUCUUCGCUCCGGUGUCUGGUUUGCUAUUCGGUAUCCAAAUAUCCAGGCUGGCACGGUUAAAUUUGUAUAUGUAUGCGUGCGCACAAGUAUCUCUCUUGAUCGUGAUUGUGUAGGUAAUAGUAGUUGAUCCGACGGCCAUUGCGUAUACGUACUGGAGCGGUGGCACGUGUAUGUGUGUGUGCAAGGUAUACACGCGUGUGCGUUUUCCGUUCCGCGAUUCGCGUUCGCGUAUCCCGAAAAGAUGGCCGCCAUGAAAGCGUACGGUGGUGAUGUUGACGUCGUUCAUAGCAAGGCCGCGUUACGUGUUCGAAAAGCGUGAAAGGAACGCGAUCAUUCGAAUGUUUCCACGGUUCUCGUGGUGCGCUAAUACGAGAACACGAUACAACAAGAAAGUUGUUGGUAAUUCGAGACGCGAGUGCGGUAUUCGCAGGAUCCCUCUUGUAGUGCUCGACGAAAACGACGAUCGGGAGAGAGGUGAUAGAAGAGAGGGAGAGCAAGCAAGGAACGUGUUCAGUACGGGGUUAAAGGGAAUCAUAUGUGACAGAGAAAGAAAUGGACGAAUUAUUUAUCAAAGAGCAGAGGUAAGAAGGAAGGAAAGAAGAAAAGCCAGGGAGCGCGUGGAGAAUACAACAGGGUGAUACGGAAGCGAGUGAUUGAUAGAAUCGUGGGUGGUGUGUGGUGCCGCGAGUAAAACAAAUGCGUGCGCGUCGUAUCCGAACAAGCUUCUCUCUUGCCAACAAUAUUCCGAUUAGUCUGGUUUUCGCAUUUCCUAGAAGUUGCGUUUUAUGCGUGACUCGAAACUUUGUGUCAACGAGGGACGGCCAUAUUAAUCCGUAGCCCCCGCCGUCACACAUAUUCGAAGAAUCUUACCUCCUCGAGGUGGUGCCUCUAGUUUUACGAUCUUGGUCACUUUUUUAGUGUGUACCCGGUGUUGCAUCGUGUCUUUAUCCUGUUGUGUCGUGCCGUACCGUAUCGUAUCGUAUCGUGUCGUGUCGUGUCGUAUCAUAUCGUAUCGUAUCGUGUCGUCUCGUGUCGUGUCGUGUCGUUUCGUGUCGUGCCGUGCCUUGCUGUACCGUAUUGUGCCGUAUGUAUGAUGUGAUUCUCAAUCACUUGGAUGUACGCGUAACAUAGUCUUUAGAUUUUUCCGAAUGACGGUGCGUGUACGUAGUACGUGAACAGCGGCAUUUGUGUGUACCAGCAACAUAAACGACGGUCACUAUACGAGUUCUAUGCCGCCUGAUGUUCAUGCAUCGCACCGAGCAACUUACCGGUUCUCCACCAUCGUGUCUACCCACUUUGCCAGCAGUACCACCCUUCCUAGACUCUGUACUACCCACAGAAAUGACGUCCAAGUUUUUCGCCCCUGUUCGAGGAGAAGGACUCGUCCUUCGCCUGGAACGUUUUCCUCGACGGUCAAGUAGCAGACUCUUCGGUUAACCCGACGAAGGAAGAAAUUUCAAAGAUGAUAGCGGUACAAGAAACGUCGGCGUUCGGUUGGUAGUGACGACAGAUUCAGGACAGAUCCUGAAGACUGGCUGGUCAGGGAAGAAGACUCGGUAUAAUACCCUUCGAAGAAGUCGCGCGAAAAGCUAGAAGAGAAGAGACAGAGACUGGCGGUGAUAAAGCGGAAGAAAGAGAGGAAGAAAGUAGGCAGCGGGAAGGGUAAGGGUAGUAAGAGUAAAGGGAAAGGAAGAGGAAAAGGAAGGAAGAAAAGAAAGGAGGACGCGGCGAGAUAAAGGAGGCUGGUCUCGUGGAAGGGCAUCUUCCGUUAAUUCAGGAUCGAACCUUGGGGGUUGCGAAGGUCGCUGAUGUCCGCUACGAGCCCUGCCCCUACCCCUGCCAGCUCACCGUCACCGGAACAUACCGGAACCGGAGGAAGUAUAGCCUCGCUCGUUACCCUACGCCUCGAUCGAACAAGAAGAAGAAGACGGAAUAUUUUUUACCAGUCUAACCGACCAUCACGCGUACUCUCGUUCGGAACUUCAGUACCACUGCUGCUGCUGUACCGCCGAUCAGCUUGACCACCCCUCUGAAUGUCUUCACACAUCCAAAAGUCGUGCGUGGUGAGGACACAGGGGCUUGAAGCGACAUUGAGUGACAGCAAAAAGAAGUACGGCGACAAGGUGAAUGCACUUCUGUCCGCCUGGGAGCAUGUCACCAAUUUCAUUCCUGGGGCAACGCCAGAGGCCACCCAGUCUCUCAUAGAAUGGGCUCACAAACACACGUUGAAACUGGUACUGCGCGGGGAGUGGCCAAAGUUGUCACCCGCGACGAAGACGCACCUCAGUGUAACGUUACAGAGGUGCGCCUCUCACCUGGUGCAACACCCCGCUGCACCCAGGUGUACUGCCCUGAUAGCUCUGGUGCACAAUCCAUGGACUCAUCCCGCUCUCGACAGCAUACUUAACGGCCAACCGGAUUCCGAACAUGAAGAGGAAUUCUGUUGUUCGGAGAAAGGUGAACUGCUGACAAUGAGGCUGAAAAUACUUUGCGAGGACCGCUGCGAGGAUAUAGCGGUAAACCUCGCCGCUGCCUGCGUACGUUCUCUCCGAAGGAGCGAUCGGUUGCGUUCGCUCUCGGAUUCUCAUCACGUUCAUUACAUGAUCGACGUCUAUAUUGUCCUCUUGUAUAAAUUGAAACGCACGCAAGAUAUAUUCGCUCAAUUAAAAUUAAUGGAUCUCAGCGACGGAUUGGAGCUGGUCCAAAGACUCAGUGGUGAAAGACCGACAAAGUAUGGGACUGCACGGGUUUGGAGAAAUUCGAUAAAAGCUGCUGAAUUGGUUGCACAAUAUCUCGUUACGGCUGGUAUGGUACGACCUGUGCCAGAAACGGGCGCGAAUAUUUUGGAACAAAUUCUAAACUCUUGGGCAUUGUUGCAUUCAAAGUUGAAAGAUGUUGCGCCCACGUUGCCGGGAAUGAUAAGAAAAUUGAUCGAACCUGCCGAAAGUGCUCAGCACAUUUAUAUAUUUUGUGCGGUACUUGCAAAACACUUUGGCGACAGUAUAAAGCCUCUGGUGAUCGAACUGUACAUCAGGGCGUUAACGACGGAUAUGAACGAGUUGGAGAGCCAGAAGACAAAAUCCGACACGGAGAAGGUUCGCGAGACCGCGAAGCGUUUGAGCACACAGUUUCUUAAACUAGCCGACGUGGUUGGUAGUAACAUCGGUAUAGCUCGAGAAUGCGUUCUCACGGCGUUCUCGUUGCAUCCUACGAGAGCUUGUUACGACAGGAUCAAGGAAAUCGCUGUAGCCUGUGGAAAGACGAAAGAAGACGGAGCUUCGAACGGAAGCGACGCUGUGAGCGAAAAAUUGAAACACGUGUUGGAGAACAAUCAUUCUACCGCGGGGUUUAAAAAACCGGACAGCAAUAUCAGUGAAAAGAACGAAGGAAUCAAAGCCACAAACGUUGAAUCGCCUUCCUCUUUGUGUGGCUCUUCGUUACUCGCAGUUUCGUCGUUGAACAAUUCAUCGCCAGUUGUGUCCAAGAAAAACAUUGAUUUUCAAAAUGGACAAGUGAGUAAGAGUUUUGAGCGAACGGAUCAAUUGCUGAAAAGUCUUUUAACCAGCUCGAAAAAAGCAGAUUCCACGAUUUCGGGUAACGACAGAUGUCCUCUGCAUCCAAAGAGAGACCCACUGUCCAACGAAACGUUGGGUGAGCUUUGUUUCAAUUGCGGCGAAUUUACCGGGAACGAUAUAUCGAAAAGUAAAGCACCGGAAUCGAACGAAACGACGUCUAAAAACGUGGAGAGAACACUGGACGCUUUGAUUCUGAUCAAAGGGGACGCUGUCACGGGUUCUGCGAACUACGACGAGAAGUCGGUGCCUAAUCAAGUUCUCGACGCGGAGAAACUCGGUCUCUCUCCACAGCUUUGCGACGAUUUAGCCGUUGUUUUAAGCAGUCCUCGUUAUCACAUGCUUAGCUGGGUUUUAGAUUGGAAAGAAUUGAACAGUCUAUGCGAAAGAUAUUUGGAGAAUGCAGAAGAGAUGAGGAAUACCAAUAAAGAGUUGAAAUAUCUGAACAUUGAUUAUUCGCAGUUUAAGGAUUGGCCUUCCGAGGACGACACUAAGGAUAUCUUCUUUGGGAUCGAAAAAGGGUACGAACAAUGGGUUGAUUUACCUUCGGAUAAUUCGGAGCAGUUCGGUAGCUUUCAGCCUGCGAGUAGUUACAAGAGGGCUACAGCCAGAAGAAGUCUCGACGACACCACCACUGAUUCGGAUAGCGGUAGUAUCCUGCGUAUCAGAAGGUCGGGGAAACAGAGGAAGAUUCAUAGAUUAGAGUCUUCUGAAAGCGAGUACGAUAGCAUAGAACGUAAACCGAAACAUUUUAGGAACAGAGUCAGCUCGGUUUCGGAUAGCGAUAGCAACACGCAGGAUAGUCAAGCGGACAGUCUCGGCAGCGGUGGUUAUCGGUUGGAAGUGAAGAAGAAGCCGGGCAAAUUGUCCAAUAAGGAGACGAGCAAAAAACGUUCGAAGGCUUCGAAAUUGACUGCCGAGUCGGUGUCGCAUUUUCAUAUGCUCAUUAAUGAAAACGUUAGACACGGGAACACGAACGAAGACGCGAGCGGUUCUGAUGUCAGCAGUAACGAUAUUAUUACUUUGUUCUCAGCCGAUAUGGACGAGAGUAAACGAGAGACGAUAAAAGGUUCGGCUUACACGGCAGCUGCUCCACUGAUAAUCACAGAGAGAAGAAGCGAUCCGGCUGUACUUAAAUCCUUGAGAAUGUUCAGGCCACAAAACUCGAAGAAACCCACCAGGAUCUCUCAGAUAUUACAAAAGAAUCUUUUGAACAAGAGUAAGGACAAUAAUAACUUAGAAAAUAAUGCAAACAGCGUGGCAAAAUUUGCACCGAUGCUCAGCACUUUGAACUUGAAUCCAAAGAUCGUGCUGACUAGAGCGGACGAAGUCGACAGGAAGUUGAUUCGUGCGAAGAAGCAGCAGCGAUUGAGUAGCGGUGAUAUUACCAGCGAGCUGAUGAACAUUCAGAAAAAUAUGCCAUUCUCUCCAAACAAGAACGCGAUAUCAACCUAUCAAAAGCAAAAAGGAAACGGAGGUACCAUCACUGGCAAGACGGAUCUAUCUUCCACCGAUAGGCGAGACUUGAAUUCUAAAUCGAAUUUAGGGAAACGAAAAUUUGACAUUCUCGCGAAAGCUGUUAGAGAUUCGGAUAUAUUGGCGAAGAAUGUACCAGGCUUAAAUUCGUUGGACAUGAUGGUACCGCCAAGGAUGCGCCCUACCGUAAACGUUGUCCAGCUCUCUAGAAACAUUCCACAAAGUCCGAAUUCGGGCUCCGUUAACAGCGGGAACACGCCUCCAAGGCCAAAUAGAACUCCUAGCGUUGCUGGAAAUAUUCAGUUACCCGGCACACCCUCUUCCGGUGGGCAUGACAGCGGCGUUGGCAUGAGUCCGGCCGGUCAGACCCCUCCUUCCAGAUCAUCGACUCUUCCAGACGUCGGCGAAGAGGCGAAUCAACCACCGGAUAGCUCGCCAACUUCCUCGACCACCACUAACGUUUCUAAUCAGCUCGAACCGGAUUCGAGUCCCAGAGCGGUACCGAUUCGUCGAAAUCAGCCGAACCAGUCGCCUAAAAAAUCUCCUUCUCCUUGUUCCGCCGUCACAACCACCACAACUACAAGCACCGGAAUCUCUUCGACGGCCAUCAACUCGGAACAAUUGCAAAUCGUUUGCAAACCGGACGGUACUUACCAGUUGGCCUCUGUAAAUCCAAACAUCGUAUCCAAUCAGAGGAAUAUUCUUAAUUUGCAGAAUGUCGAUGAUGGGAAUAUCGGUACGUUUUCUCGACAAACGCAAAGAACAACGGAAAAUACGAACGCGAACAGAACCACGUACGACAGGUUGACUUCCUCGUCCACUAAAGUCAGUCCGCAAACUGGUCAGAACACCGGCCUACCAAAGUUUCAGCAAGCUUUUGGUAAAACUAUAUACACCCUUUCAACGGAUACUUCAACGAGCGGCGCUUCAGAAACGCUAGUUCAAUCAGUGUCGCCGCAGAAAACGACAAACUUGUCCAAGGCGGUACAAACGUCCGUGCCUAAUUCGCAACAAACAAACCCAUCUCCGGGAAUUAACGUACAAUCCAUCGCAAACAUUCCGAAUACGUUGCAAUUAUCCACUAGCAGACAAAUAUUGAAUAUCGUUCAGAAUUCUGGAAACAACACGAACGUGGCAACCAGUCCGAACGCUAAUCAAACGUUGACGCAGCUGGUGCAAAGCGUUCAGAAUGCUUCACCUGGUGUGAUUUACACGCACAAAAUCCCUGUUACAAUAUCCACCACGAAUCCAAGUCAAUUGAACAUCAUACCAACCAUUUCGCACGCGAAUUCCAUACCACCUGGAAGAACGCCGGUAGUCAAAUUGAACAUCAUUCGUGCUCCUUUGAGACAGCAGAACAUUACUGGGGCUAUUCAGGCGGUUUUAACUACUCCCAGAUUACAGCAGCAGCAGCAGCAGCAGCAACAACAACAACCACCACCACCACCACAACAGCAACAACAGCAGCAGCAGCAACAACCACCAUCCGUUAGAACAGACAGUUUACUCGGCUCCCCUAUUGAAGUGCCCAAUCAAGUUAGCUCGACCACUUUGGAACAGUUAAGGGAAUUUGAAAGCGUUCUGGAACAAGUGAAAGAAAGAAGCACCAUUCAGCCACAGUCCCAUCAAAUGAUAUCCACAGCGGCCACGACUACCGUGCAAACGCAAACCACCACUCAGCAAACCCAAGCCAGCAAGCAACAACAGGUUUCCGUGAGCGCAUUAGCUCAACAACUUCUAAUGCCUACGCAGCAAACCACCGGUAAUGAUUUUGCGAGUAACGGGAACACAGUGAACUUUCAACAGGAUGUAUUCUCUCAAAAAGUUUCGUUGGCUUACGCGAAUCAGAACACAGGAGCCACAGCCGCCGUUGCCGCUGCUGCUGCUGCUGCUCCUAAAACUCCAAAUUCAACUCCUGUCGUCGUGGUGACGAGUUACUGUCAGCCUGCGGCUUCACCCGCUCUGAGCGUCACCUCGCAAAGCUCUUCCAGCCCCUGUGUUACACCAGCACCAGCGCCUAUAUCUGGCAAAACACCGCCCACUCCACCGUCCUCGAAGACGGUGAAAAAGUCGGCGCCGAAAACCGUGAAGACUAGCGCGACCAACACGUCAAAGGCCUCACCGAUUCCGAAACCGCAACAAAAGCCCCAAGAGGACGAGCAAACUGCUCAAAGAAUCUACGCUAUCUUGGACGAGUACGCGGAACAGCUUCGCAAUUCUCCAGAUCUUAACAACAAACCCGCUCCAAGGAGAAGAUCAAAUCCACCGACGAAUCCUAGUCAAUCCUCGAAAAGGAAAAAGUCCAAUGCCAACAAAACGAAACCUGUUGGACAGCAAAAUUCGGAACUGAGUCCGAGUACGGAUGAUCUUGGGAGGACCAUGGGUAGCGAAGACUCGUCCAGUGGCGUGGUACACGUGCAAGAUAGUCCAGCAGGCUUUUCAGCUCCGGAGGAACCUACGAAUAGCGUUGGAAACGUGACGGAUGCGUCUGCCGAGGUUCGAAAUUUGACCAACGACUCGAACGAUGGUGUAGAAUUGAACGUUAAAAGGCGAAAUCUAAUUUUUGCGGAACCUGGUUCGGGUCAGCCUAGAGCUGUGAUCGUUCAAGAAGCUGUGCAGACUAGUUCCGUUAGCGUUAGCGAAGCUCUGGCCUCUGUCACGGGAAAGAUGGGAAGCACUGCUGUCCUUGUUCCAGGUACUAACUACAUCUUACCGAUGAACCUUAUGAAAGGAGGUCAACAGUUCACGAUAGUGUCCAGUGGAUCGAAGCUUCUGGCCACUGUACCAGCUACCGUUCGAACCACCGGGAACACUGGAGUUUCCAAUACUCUGGUACUCCAAUCGUUUCUGAAUCAAGCCGGAAAGAUCAUCUCGCAACCGGCACAGGUGAAGCAGGUUAAGAUACCCACUUUGCAAACGCUAUCGGGCAAUCAAACUCUGGCUACCACUCAGAAUGUACAAAACGCCUCGGUAGUGAUCCCGCAGCCUGGAAAUGGCGGCCAGUUUGCAGGAGACACAACUGUAGAGAAGAAUAACAUUAUCGGCGACUUGAGCAUGGCGAAAUCGGAUCCUGUAAGUGGUACAGUCAGCGUCGAAUCGACGACGAACGCCAUCGUCGUGAACAAAAGCAAUUCUACGAUCGGUUUAAUUCAACGUAAUCUAAACGAGCCUGCGGAGAAUCAACAGAUAUGCGGCGUGAUCACGAGCAAUCCGAACUUGGCUCUUCAGGGCACCCGAUUGUUCAAUUCUUCUAUACACAAAUUGUCAACACCGACUCUGAAAUCGGACAACGUGGUGUGUCUGGCACCCGCGGCAACGAUCACGCACACAGCUGAGAAAAAGUCACCUCAAGAAAGUCAGUGUCACAACGAGAAGCCAGUUUCCAUUCAGACUGGUGCAACGAUCGCUCUUGCUUUCACCACUCAGUCAGACGUGUCUAUGCUGAACGAUGCUCAGCAGCAACAACAGCAGAAAGAUACGAAGGAGGUAUCCACGGAAUUGAUUCCUGGUGCUAAGAUCAUCUCCCCGAAGACGGUGAAAAGAAAAAUCGACGACACUAUGGGUAUGUCGGAGAACGUUCCGAAAACCUUGAUCACUUCCAACUCUGUCGUUUGUUCGAGCAAUACCACGACAUUACAGAAUAACAGAAAAAUUGAUUCUAUGUCUACGAUAACGGUCGCAAGCAAACAGUCAACAGGAGGAAUCGAUAACGCGACACAGUUUCUGGUGACCGGUGGUCCGAGUAGCUCCGACAGUCAGGAGUCACCUGUACAACAGUCUACCGAGGGUAUCGACGUAUCGUGCAAAGUUGGGAACGGUUUGCUGUAUGGAAACGCUAGAUUACAAGAAGCCUGGGAACCCGAAGGCAAAGUAUCGCCGGAUACACCCUGGCGAUACGUGCCUACCUCCACCAACUCCUUGAACAUCGAACCUUUGAAUUCAAGAUAUUCGGACAAUUCGGACAAUGUUCAAAGCGUUCUCCAAAUCAUCAACAAAGGUCAAGGUAUCGAGAUGGCGAGCGGACAAAUCUAUCAGACAAACACGAAAAAGUAUUUCAUGAAUCACACUUUAGAACCAUUCCAACAAUACUCGAAUAAGAGUAACGCGAUGAAAACGCAAUUGAACCCUAGAUUGGAUCGGGAAUUAUUACAGCAGAAAAUGGAGAGGAAAGCGGCAGCGAUCGAGCGCGAGAUGAGGCUGCAGAAAAGUCUAUCCGAGGAAUGCGAAGAUUUAGGCGUUGAUGAACCAAGCACCAGCGAUUUGUUCCCCGAGGCGGAUCUACUGUUCGACACGAAUCACUCGCCGUCCUUCGAUCAUUCUUCCCAGGAUGCCUCCUGCAGCCAACCUCUAGGGAUGAAAUCGUACGGUAGUUCGUAUUUUCGUUCUCUCGACUCGUCGAGCGGUAGCAGGGAUGCCAGUCCAGUAGCCGAUUUCAAAGCAAACGAGCGUAAAAAGAACAGCAACCAACGGACGAGAAAUUCGAAAGACUGCUCCUCGAAGAGGUCGAAAAGAGACAAAGCGGAAGAGUUGCACUUGGAGAAUCCGGCUAAACACAUGCGUUUAACCCUGGAUAAUUUAAGUCAGGACGAGGCGUCGAACAGUACAUCCGACAUCUCGAGGCUCUCGCCGACUAAUCUAGGAUCUUUGGAGAGCGACUCGUUGAAGGACAAUAGCAGAGUGAAGAUGAUCUCGAGGAAUGGUUCGAAGGAAGGUUCACCUAGUAGCGUGUCUAGCAUUCCAUCUAACAUGAAAUUAGAUAUCGAUCUAGAUUCGGAAUCGUUACCUCCUAGCAUCAACGUGAAUAACGCGUCAGCUGCUAGCUCGGGGGACGAAAGUUUAACCCUGCUGAGUGGCACUACCGCCGACGUGACCAUACCCUCUCCACUCUCGCCGAUCGCUGGCCCGAUGCUCUCGACGCACAAGUAUACCUACACCAACAAGAAACGCAUCGCAUCGAAGGUAACGAGAAUGGAUUAUCUCGCCUGGGAAAGUCCGAUGUCCGAGAGGACGAGAUCGAGCAGCGACGAAGAAGAUUCGAGCGUCAGCGAGUCGAUAGGUAGUCAACCGGAGGAGAACGCUUUGAGCAACGGGCUCGAGGACAGUGUGCAAAGUCUAAAAUCGUUGUCGAGCGAACGACGUUGUAGCAGUUACUUUAAGAAAAAGGACAAGCUACAGGUGAACGCUAGGGUAGUGUUGAAUCGAACAGAUCACAAGGCUAGUAGUCUGUCGAAACGUAUAAAAGCGAACGAAACGAUCCAGGAUUCGGUGAUGGUAUCCAGUGAUAAGGCUUCGGAACCUUCGGACGACGAGACGGGAAAUAUAGCAUUGGUAGAGCCUGACUGUCGCGCCAGACGAUCCAGUUUGCGAGGACACGUUAAAAAAGGUUGCGCCUGUUGCAAUGGAUCUCCGGAAAGACCGAAGAAGAAAUCGGUCAAGGCGGAUCACUCGAGAUUAAAGAAACGGCUUUCGUCGAAACAGGCUGGAAAGAAAAGGUAGUCCUAGCGUUCCAACGCUCGUCGACGGAGCAUUGCGUAUUUGAUCGUAAACAGGAAGAUGACAAGGAAGAAGAGAAAGAGGAAUAGGAAAAGGAGUUUUCAUACGCUUGGACGUGUUCUUGUAGUUUCCACUGAAGCGAAGAAAAAGCUAGAACUAGACCAGUGGAUAACGCAUCGAUGCAGUCGAUUUUACAUGAAAUAUUUUGCUUGGAUCGAACGAUUAUUAAUCCAUGAUAAUUACAAGCAUAUUGUACAUAUAGUAGCAAAUACACGGGAAUUUUUAAAGACGCUCGUGAUUUCCCGUUACUUGGCGCAUGCCUAUCCUCGUCUAUAGGCAAAACGGGCGUAAGUUAACGUUAAAUUCAGUUUUGUCGAUGAGCAAAGAAGAAACGAACAGUUAGCGUUUCUUCGAGAAGAAUAGAUUAUCCUUUUACCACUAGAUGUUACUACGAUAUUAGAUAUAAGAAACGCAGAUUAUUAUUGAAUGGCAGACUUAGAUUAAAUCGUUAAGAUUAUUAGAGACGCAAUCUAGUCAGAAGAUAAGGUUUGUGACGAGGUUUGUAGGCGUGUUCGUGAAAGGCUGAUAGAAGAAGAACGAAUGAAAUCGUAUGAAUGAGAAAUCGAUGCUGAGAGGAUCGAACAUGUGUAAUAAACGAAGAAACGUAUCCAAUUAUCGAUAGAUCCCCCUCGCAGACUAAAGAAUUUAUAAAUGAUGAAAAUGAAAAAUAAGAAAGCCUGAAAUUCAUAAUUCUGUCUACUUGUAUGUAUGUAUAUUGUCGUGGUGAUGCUGUUCCACGUUUCUUACACGGUGUGGUCAGACUGAGGAGUAGACGAAUAAUAUUAUUCUAUUAGAGAUCUUGUUUGGUGAAAAUUAACGGUAGCAAAAUCAUGCAUUGAACUUUUGCCUUUUUCGCGUAAACGCUUCUCGGUAACUUUAGAAAUCUUAACUUUGUAAUCGAUACACAUACGAUCCUUGUUCAAUUGUGUAGUAUGCCAGGAGCAGCGAAGAAAGAUCGGAAAGAAAACUCGAGGAAAACCAAAUAAAAGCGACGAAAUUAGAAAUGAUAUCGAGAAGAGAGAAAAUACGAGGAAAUAUGUAUAGGAAAAAAAGGUACAUACCUAUAGUAUAUUGUAUAUGCUAACAGAAAAACUUGUGUGUCGUACGAGCCGACCAUACCUUGUCACGGUGCAUGUAAAGAAAGGGAAAUAAGAAAAGUAAAAAACAAGAAUUACCCAAAAAACUGUACAUUACGUAGAUAAUUCAUUAAAAGUAUAACAUUAUAUCGCUGCACUUUAGUACAAAAUCGCUUCACCUUGUUUCAGAAUGACAAGUUUAUAUCAUCAUUCGGUGUGCUAUCGUGGACGCGUGAAUGCCUGCAAUUUAUUAUUCUAAACUGUAAAACGUAAAAAAAGGAACACUCUUGUAAAGGUUGUGUAAUUAAGGCUACAGAAACACUGAUCAAUCUGCGUACACGUCUCGUUUUGCGCCUCGAUCGUAUUAUGUCCGGCGUAUAUAUAUAUAUAUA